GCUCGACUCGCAGUCGGCGCGAGACCGCGCUACUGGAAGGGUCGUUGUUAUCGUUGACGUUACUAUUAUUUGUUAUUGUUCUUCUUCUUCUAUCGUGUCGCGUAUAUGCACGCACGAAUCUUUUCUUAUCGAUACGAACACAUCACUACCUUUUACUAAACUAAUUUUCCUUCUUAUUUUCCUCCUUUUCCUCUUGCAUCUCUUUCUCUUCGACCUCCUCCUUCUCCUCCUCCUUCUCCUCCUCCUCCUUCUCCUCUUUAUCCUCUCGCUCGCGACGCGAACUCGAUAACGAGAGAAAAAAGAAGAAAAAAAAGAAGAGGAAGAAAGAAGGGUUGAUACUUUUGCUCGAUCAACCUCCCACCAUCGAAUCUUUUUCUCCUCCUUCUCCUCCUCCUCCUCCCUUUCGUCUUCCUCCUACUCUCCCUCUCUGAAGAAUCUCCUCCCCCUUCCCCUCACUCUCUCUUUCUCGUUCUUCACUACCACCACCACCACCAUCACCACCACCUCCUCCACCUUCACCUCCACGUCCACCUCCGUUCGUAUGUUCGUCGCUGGUUUCUCGCGCGCGCGAACAGACAAACGUCGCCGAGGCACUCUCGCUCCAUCGUACUACCAUAGUUAGCCCCAAGGAAGAAGAGGAUAGGAGGAAGACGAAGAAGUUGGAUCUCGAGUCUGUGAUAUCUCUUGAUAUACGUGCCUCUCUCUCCCCCGUCCACCCUAAUAUCUAUAUAUACUCUUGUCUUUUUACUCUCUGCCCUUUACAAUACUCGCUCGUCCUUUUCUACUUGCACUCGCCAGAAGUUUUACGCAAGAAGAGGGUAGCUCUACUCGCGUAGUCGUUGGUGGCGAAAGAAAAAGAAAAAAAAAAGAAAAAAAGGGAAUGAAAGUUUAGCGUUUUUUCCCUGUUUAAUGUGACGAACCAGUGUUCUUUGCGUUGCUCCUAGAAGUGACAAAAAUUUGUCUGAAAGAAAUAAAAAGGAAAGAAGAAAGAAGACGUGACACAAGAAAAGAAAGAAAGAAAGAGAGAGAGGGAAAACGUGUAUCGUGUGUGUGCGUGCGUGUGCAACUAAUUAUAUAUACACACAUAUAUAUAUAUACACACGUAUAUAUACAUUUAAAUGAAGUGAAACGAGCGAGUCUUCUUCUUUGUUGUUAUUGUUAUUUGUUGUUUCCACUUUUUAUUCUUGCGGCGACAAGCAGAAAGGAUCAUAGUGGAGGACGUUGCUCGAUUGCCAUUUGAUCGAAAUUUGCUCUCUCUCUCUCUCUCUCUCUCCUUUCUCGUUCAUCAUACAUACAUCGUGCCCGAUAGCUGUGAUAAUACUCUCGAAGGAUACUACAAAUUUACACUACGACUUACGCUUUUCUUCUAUGAUACACAACGCGUCGUUCAGUGCCUGUUCUAUUGCUGUGAUCGCGUGACAUUAUUAUUGUUGUUAUUGUUGGAUCAACGUGUACUGAGGAACGUCGACGUCUUCCAGCUCAAAGGAUCGGAAAAGAAAAGGAGGAAGAAUAGAAGAAGAAGAAGAAGAAGAAGAAGAAGGAGAAACGUUUUCAGAAUCGGAAGGAACUGAAUAUCGAAGGGAACGAAUGCUCAAGAUCCUUUAAAAUUCGACCGGACGAGGUGGGAGGCAGUACGACGGUGGUAGCCGAGGGUGUAAUAGGCGGCAUAAGGGGCCCAGGCGGCGGGUGCCGCGCAUCCUCGAUGACGAUGGCCGAGAGCGCCGUGGAGGACGCCGCAGCCGCGCCCCCGGGUCCGGCCAAGCCGCCCCCGCCUUCCUGUACGAACAACAAUACCCUAGCGGCGACGGCGAAUCGUAACCAUCGGAAUCCACGAAAGAGAAAACGGCUGGCCCAAGUACUUGACAUUCUCCAAGCACAUAGAAGCUCGCCGUCGGAGGGUGAGGUACUCAGGUUCGAAGGUAACGGGCCAGCGUCCGAGGAAGAGGAAGACGUUUUUGGUUCGCCGAGAUCGUCUUCCAGGUCGGCCGUCGACAGUCCGUCCGGUUUGAACGUUCUACCGUUAAGGUUCAAGGACGAGGAGAGUCCAGUGACGCCAACAGGAGAGGAAGAGGAGAAUGCGAUGUCGACGAUAUCGACGAUGUCGACGACGAUGACGACGACAACGACGACAACGACGGCGACAACGGUCGGCGAGGGCGAGGUGGAGCAACGAAACAAUCGUCAUCAACAUCAUCACAACCACCAUCAUCACAAUCAUCAUCACAGAAGCCGUCACAAUCACCGUAACCUAACGUACAACAAUAAAACACGGCAGAACACAAAUCAGAAACAAUCGUCCACGUCGAAUCGUUCCUCAACGGGCAAGCUGAACAACAGUGCUUGUACCUGCGCCCAAUGUAGUCAGUCCCCUAAUUCGGGCGGCAUGAUGCUGCACUCACCUACGUCGCCGUUAACGCCACUGACCCCGCUGACCCCGUUGACACCAUUGUCCCUACCACCGCUCACACCGGGCUCCUUGAGCUCGUACAGCUUCGAACAGUACAUGCACACCAAGUACCUGCCGGAUAUCUAUCGCGGACGCAGUCAUUCGGAUUCCGACGUGGUGCCUGGCUGGGAACAGAGGAUACCACCAGCAUCGACGUCCUCGUCGAUGUCGUUGAUGGUGAAUCACCCACCACGUAGCGGUUCGUUAGAAAGUGAGACGACAAGUCCGCAGGAAUUACCGUUGGAUCUUUCGAUGAAAAAUCUGAUGGCGUCGGCGGCCGCUGCGGCUGCCGCAGCGGCCGCAGCAGUGGCAGCGGGGGGUAAUAGACCUCCUGCACUUCGACUUUUACCGGCUGGCAUCGUGACGAGGGGUUCCGUGAGCGUGCCGGUAGUCAGAGGAGAUGUUGCCUCGCCGACAACGAAGGAGAGCGUUGCCGUGAGGUAUAACCUCGAAGUUUCGCCUGUAGUCGAGGAGAUGCCGCCUGGUGCCGAUUUAGCCUACGUUUGUCCAGAAUGCGGCCAGAUGUUUAGCCUACACGAUCGUUUAGCGAAACAUAUGGCGUCGAGGCAUCGCAAACAGGGUCCGCAGGACGCUUCUGCAAAGGCAUAUCUCUGUGACGUGUGCCAAAGGAGCUUCGCCAGGUCGGAUAUGUUGACGAGACAUAUGAGGCUGCAUACAGGCGUAAAGCCUUACACGUGCAAGGUAUGCAACCAGGUGUUCAGCAGGUCCGAUCACCUCAGUACUCAUCAGCGAACGCACACCGGCGAGAAGCCCUACAAAUGUCCAGACUGUACCUAUGCGGCCUGUCGCAGGGACAUGAUCACUAGGCAUCAGAGGACCCACAAUAAGUUCCUCGAAAGUCAAGGAAGAGCUUCAGGAGCAACAGGGACGACAAAAACGGAACCAGGUUCGCUCCCAUCGGAUGAUGGCAGUCCUACGUCCUAUGGGCAGCCUAUGCCAGCUUCUCCUUCUUCAACCGGCGCCGCCAUAAAGACCGAAUGACGACGAGCCGUCGGACGACCCUGGUUCCUCACUUCUCCUCGAGCUUCGGUCUCUCGAAGAGCUCGCGGACGAAACUUUUUCGCUACUUCUCUUUCUAUUUCGAUUGCUCGCGAGCUCGAGCGUGGAACCUCGCGUCGUCGAGCGCGCGAAUCUCGACGCUGAAGGAGGACUCGUAUCUCGGACAGUAUUAUCCUAAUCCUUUAUUAUUCUCCUCAUUCCCCCUCAUUCCUUCCAUCCUUUCUUCCAUUCUUCCUGUUAAUCCUAUUCCUAUUAUUCCUCUUCCUCUUGCCCGCUAAAUCGACACGAUCGCGUAUAAGGAAAGUCGCUUUUCCUUCAAAAACAAAAGACUUUCUCGCUCUCUUUUUCUCACCGAUCAUACUCUCCGAAGCGUAUUUCAAUCGUAAAUCUACGCGUAUACACGUGCCAAACUCGUUUUCCUCUAUUCUACUCCGUACUCGUUGCCCUGUCGAAACGACAUUGGAAAAAAGAACAAAAAAAAAAGAAAAAAAAAAAAAAAUACAAAACAAAAAAAUAAAAAAAAGAGAGUAAUUAUCUCUUAAUCUUUCGUCAAAUGAUUUUUGACAAACUCAUAUAAAUAGAAACAAUUCGAGGAGACGCUACAUUUAAAUAAUGCAAUUAGUUAAAAAUUAAAAGAUUGUUUAUAUAAAGUAUUUUAUAAAUAUUCGCGUUACACUCGUUCGUUCGUUCGUUCGUUCGUUCGUUCGUUCGUUCGUUCGUACGUACGUCGUCGUUGUGCCAAGCGCGAACAGUACGGAGCUUUUAGAAAGUGAUUAUCAUCUCAAUUGUUCGAGAUUUCUCUGAAUUCAUCGUAAAAUUUAACAUUUCGUCGUUAGAAAAAGAAAA